AUGUUCAUCAUGAACCUCAACUUGAAAGAAAUUAUGUUCUUAGCCGUACUAAUCAUGAGUCUUCUUCUGUUAUGUUUUUUCAUGACCAAAAAACCUUCAUGCAAAGUUUACUUAUUAGAUUUCGCAUGUUACAAGCCUCCAAAUUCUCAGAAGUGCAGUAAAGAGAUGGUUAUGAAAAGAGCAACAGACGCCGGAUAUUUCUCGGAAGGGACAAUAGAUUUCAUGAGAAAAACUCUGGAAAGAUCUGGGCUUGGUGACUCCACUUAUUUGGCAGAGAUCUUUUUCGAAGAAUCACAACAGUAUACCCCAUCCAUGAAACAUUCGAGAAGGGAAGCUGAGAUGGCUAUUUUUGGAUCCAUAGAUAUGCUUCUGGCUAAAACAGGUGUAAGAAGUGAUGAUAUUGGGAUCCUAAUUGUGAAUUGUUGUAUCUAUAACACAAUGCCAUCUCUUUCUAGCAUAGUAGUUAAUCAGUAUAAGCUUCCAGAGAAUGUCGUGAGCUACAAUCUUGUUGGCAUGGGAUGCAGCGCAGGACUUCUAGCAAUAGGACUUGCUAAACAGCUCCUACAGGUGCACCAAAACACCUACGCUUUGAUAGUGAGUACGGAGACAAUUACCGAAAAUUGCUACAUCGGAGAAGAUCUUUCCAAAUUCAUCAUCAACUGCUUGUUUCGUAUAGGCGGCGCCGCCAUACUCCUCUCCAACCGCUCCUCCGACCACCAUAAUUCCAAAUACCGCCUUCUUCACACCGUACACAACAACACAUCAAGAUCAGAUCGCUCCUAUAACAGCAUAUAUCAGGAAGAAGACACCGCAGGGACAGUCGGCGUCACCAUCAAUAAAUACCUUCUCACCGCCGCUAUUGCCACCAUCGAAGCAAACCUAACCGCUUUAGGUUACUUAAUCCUUCCGAUGACAGAGAAACUUCUCUACGUAGUAAACUGCAUCCGAAACCUCCUUUCGGGAUACAAAAUCAAGUCUUACGUACCUAACUACGGCAAGGCCGUCAAUCACUUCCUCCCUCACGUCGGCGGAAAGCCGGUGCUCGAUGAACUGCAGAAGACCCUACGGUUUUCCGACGCCGUCAUGGAAGCUUCGAGAAUGACACUCUACAGGUACGGAAACACCUCCAGCAGCUCGAUAUGGUAUGAGCUGGCGUACGUUGAGGCACAGGGUCGGGUCAAAAAAGGUGACCGGGUCUGGCAGAUGGCAUUCGGCUCGGGUUUCAAGUGCAGUAGUGCGAUUUGGCGUGCAAUGAAGACGGUUGAUUAUGAUGACAAGAAUCCAUGGACGGACGAGAUUGCUGGGUUCCCAGUGACUUUGGACGAAUGUGAACCAAUGCCGGUCUUUUUUGAACCUACCAAGAAUAAUUAA